AUUCUGGUCCCACAGGCUCAGCUGACUGCUAACUCAAGCAUCCCUAAUGUCAACAUCCAUUUCAGCACAAUUCAGUUACAAGAUUUUCAUUAACUAAACCUGUCCUAACAGCUUGGCACAAAGUUCCUGUGGAGAUUCAGAUUCUGUACAGCAGCAGACUGGAAAAACCUCUUAUAUUAUCAGAUUACUGGGUUACUUUAAACAUCAAUUUGUGGCCUCUUGCCUACCAUUGUUACCAGAUUAUUGCUUCUUGCCUGCAGUCACUAGAUCUAUUUUGCCUAUGAUUUAUUUUAUGUUUCUAACACUCUCUGCUCGCAACCGUAUGAACAGCUGGAAGAGGGCAGCCCAGGCAGUCUAAUGGGAGCACUUCUGUAAGGAUCUCUUCUUCAGGGUCCUGCAGUCUGUCGUUUCCCAGGAUUUCAUACAUCAGAGGAUUGGAGCUGUCUGUAUUUUCCCAUACCUAUGCAUACAGUCCUGGCAGCUGAGCUCAUCUCCUGCAGUCUCUACUGAUGAGCAGUAAUUCAUAACACCAUGGGAAGGAUGUACAUACUCUUUCUAACUGCUGCCAUCGUCUUUGUCUUUAAAGGUUUCAAUUGUUCAGAAGCUGAACACAAGCUGUUCUCAGUCUUGUUCACCAACUAUAGUCAGUUCAUCAGACCAGUGGAGAAUGUAUCAGACCCUGUCAUCAUACAGUUUGAGGUGUCCAUGUCACAGCUUGUGAAGGUGGACGAAGUGAAUCAGAUCAUGGAGACUAACCUAUGGCUGAAACAUAUCUGGAAUGAUUACAAGCUUAGGUGGAAUCCAGCGGACUACGGGGGUGCAGAGUUUAUUCGAGUUCCAUCUGACAGGAUCUGGAAACCUGACAUUGUCUUAUAUAACAAUGCAGUUGGAGACUUCCAAGUUGAUGACAAGACAAAGGCUUUACUGAAAUACACAGGAGAAGUGACCUGGAUGCCUCCAGCCAUAUUUAAAAGUUCAUGUAAAAUAGAUGUUACCUACUUCCCAUUUGACUACCAGAACUGCACCAUGAAGUUUGGUUCCUGGUCUUAUGAUAAAGCUAAAAUUGACUUGGUUUUAAUUGGUUCUAGUAUGAAUCUUAAAGACUACUGGGAGAGCGGAGAAUGGGCUAUUAUCAAAGCCCCUGGCUAUAAACAUGACAUUAAGUACAACUGUUGUGACGAGAUAUAUCCAGAUAUCACAUAUUCUCUUUACAUUAGGCGUUUGCCUUUAUUUUAUACCAUUAACAUGAUUAUUCCAUGUCUGCUGAUUUCUUUCUUAACUGUCUUAGUUUUCUAUUUGCCUUCAGACUGUGGUGAGAAGGUGACACUCUGCAUAUCAGUCCUUUUAUCCUUAACUGUAUUCCUCCUUGUAAUCACAGAAACCAUCCCUUCCACUUCUCUGGUGAUUCCGCUUAUUGGCGAAUACCUCCUCUUUACUAUGAUAUUUGUAACUCUCUCCAUCGUCAUUACUGUGUUUGUACUUAAUGUGCACUAUAGAACACCCAAGACGCACACGAUGCCUACAUGGGUGAGAACCAUUUUCUUGAAUUUGCUUCCCAGGAUCAUGUUUAUGACAAGGCCCACCAGUGAUGAAGAAUAUAAUCAGAAGCCAAAGCCAUUUUAUAAUGGUGAACUCUCAAACUUAAAUUGCUUCAACAGUUCUGAAAGCAAAGGUGGCUUCAUAUGUCAAGAUGAAGCAUGCAGCUGUUGUCAGUAUCAGCAAAUGAAAAUCACAGAUUUCAGUGACAAUCUUACAAGGAGUUCAAGUUCUGAGUCUGUAGAUGCUCUGCUUUCACUUUCAGUUUUGUCACCAGAAAUGAGAGAUGCCCUUGAAAGCAUCAAAUACAUUGCAGAGAAUAUGAAAAUGCAGAAUGAAGCCAAAGAGAUUCAAGAUGAUUGGAAGUAUGUUGCCAUGGUAAUUGAUCGCAUUUUUCUAUGGGUAUUUAUUCUGGUAUGUAUUCUCGGAACAGCAGGAUUGUUCUUACAACCCCUGAUGGCUGGAGAUGAAGUGUAGAAAUUAAAACUAUUGUGUUCUAAAAGGAAGUGCCAUGUUUGGUGACCCAACAUGUACGCCCUUUUUUUAUGCCACAUGUUUCUCUAUGUCAAGUUGUAUUAGUAGCUUAACAACAACUCUUGGGUCACUAUGUUUGACCCAGCAAGAUUCAUAAUCAGUGUGAAAAAAAUUUUAACUGAUUUUUUAAAAAUGUUAUUUUAGUUAAUUUCUAAUAUUCUCCAGACUUACCAGACAUCUUUUACUAGAAUUGUAGAAAAAGCAGUUUAUGUACAAAAAAUGUACAGGAGCGUGUUGAGGGCUCAACACAGAUGUCAUCAAUAGAAGGAGAAAACCACAGUAUUCCCAUACAGUGUUCACAAAGUCAAGGCUAACAUUAUUUUCAACAGCAUGGCUUCUGCUAAAUUAAAUAAAAUCCCUUUAGGAUGUGAUGCGAUCUUCUGAAAGCAAGGUCAUAAGUGAUACAAUUCAAGCAUACAGCCUUUAAAAAGUUUAGAUGCUCAACUAUUUUGCUGAAGUGCAGCUUCUUGUUAUGCGAUGUAUGUAAAAAAAAUCAAUAAAAAAGUUGAGGGGA